ACGGCAGCUUUGGAAGCUGCGGGGAAAUACGGGCAUGUCUCGGUGCUGCAGUGUCUGCUAGCUCGUCUUACUGAAUUGAACCUGCAAAGUGCGAUGUAUGAAGCAGCGAAGAAUGGAAAGCUGGAGGUCGUGAAGUGGCUAAUCGACCGCCGCGGCAACUGCCGACGGUGCACGACGCAGGCAAUGGACGUCGCUGCCUCAAACGGGCACUUAGAUGUGCUGAAGUGGCUCCAUGAGAACCGAAAGGAGGGUUGCACCAAGUUUACGAUGGGCGAGGCAGCAGCAAACGGUCAUUUGGACGUGGUUAAGAUCAAGUGGUUGCACGCGAAUCGUUUAGGAGGAUGCACAACCAAGUCG